AUGAGCACAACAGCAGGCGAACGAUUCAUAGAUCCAACGGCUUCCAAACCCAGCCCGACUCCAAGCACAGCGGGUUCAACGGGGACUUCAGGAAUAGCUGUCCGUUCAGGAACAAGCGGCUCAAUGAGUUUCAGAAGACAACGUGCGUCGCGUGCGUGUGAGACUUGCCAUGCGCGAAAAGUCCGUUGCGAUGCUGCCAGUCUAGGUGUACCAUGUACCAACUGUGUCGCCUUCUCUAUCGAAUGCAGAAUCCCCACGCCGAAACGUAAAAAGAAUCAAACGAAAUCCAAGGAGGCCGGCGACAACGAUGAUGCCGAUGACAAAUCCCAAAGCCAGGAGAAGCGCGAAGACUCCGUACCGAGAACGGGCAAAGAUGCAUUUGGCUACCAGAACAACCCCAUGGCCGUCGACGGCAUGCCCGUAACGUCCCUUACUGAAACACAGGCCGCUCACCAAGCCUCUCAAAAUUCGACAUAUGCCCAAUUCAUGAAGCCAAAGUUUGCCCGCGCACCGAUCAAGGAAGCUGGAAGGGUCGCAUACUUGGGUGAAUCGUCAAAUCUCUCGCUGUUAGUUCAGGACCGCCAUGGAACAACCGACGUCGUGCAUUACCCCCUUCCUCCCAACAUCCGAGGAUCACGAGCGAGAAUCACCGAUUUGGAUAACCUUGAGCUGGACAUUUUACACCAACGCGGCGCUUUUCUCCUCCCACCAAAGCCACUAUGUGACGAGUUGGUCGACGCCUACUUCAAGUGGGUUGCACCGGUCGUCCCUAUUGUCAACCGCAGCCGAUUCAUGCGCCAAUAUCGUGAUCCUAAGAAUCCUCCAUCGUUGCUUCUCCUGCAGGCUAUCCUCUUGGCCGGGUCCAGAGUGUGCACCAAUCCGCAGCUAAUGGACGCUAAUGGCUCGACUACUCCGGCGGCCAUGACAUUCUACAAGCGAGCAAAAGCUCUAUAUGACGCCAACUAUGAAGACGACCGAGUCACGAUUGUGCAGGCGCUGGUGCUCCUUGGCUGGUACUGGGAGGGCCCUGAAGACGUCACCAAGAAUGUCUUCUACUGGACAAGAGUGGCAAUGGUGGUUGCACAGGGGUCUGGCAUGCAUCGCAGCGUUGAAUCUUCACAACUCAGCAAACCCGACAAGAGACUGUGGAAGCGCAUUUGGUGGACAUUAUUCACCCGGGAUCGGUCCGUAGCCGUGGCUUUAGGUCGUCCGAUCGGUAUCAACACAGACGACGCAGACGUUGGCAUGCUGACCGAAGACGAUUUCAUCGAGGACGAGAUCGAUAUGGCCGCCGAGUUACCGCCAGACCCGGUUCACGUACAAUUCUUCCUUCAAUAUGUCAAACUCUGUGAGAUCAUGGGCUUGGUUCUUUCACAGCAAUACUCGGUAGCAUCCAAGUCUCGCCGCAUGAACGCAAUGGAUCUUACACAUUCAGACAUGGCGCUUGCAGACUGGCUCCAGAACUGCCCCAAGGAGGUGUGUUGGCAGCGUCAACGCCAUCACUUUUGGGCAGCUCUUCUACAUGCUAACUACUAG